UUCCAGGAUACAGAUACAUAUAUGCGCGACUACUUUCGUUACACGUCUUUUCAGAGGUUUUUAGGGUUUUAGAAUUCUGUAAAAAUCGAAUUGAAUCGGAGAAUCGAGCAGGGUAAAUUGAAUCCAGGAAUCGAGGAGGAGUGACAUGAAAAUGGGAGAAGAAGAAGAAGAAGACAGAGCAGGAGGAGAAGCCGCCGGCCAGUUAAGGCAGCUGCAAGAAUCUAUAGACUCCAAUCCUGAUGAUCCCGCUCUCCAUUUCGACCUCGGACUGUUAUUGUGGGAGAAGGGGCACGAAUCGAAAGAAAUCAGAGAAAAAGCGGCGGGGCAUUUCCUAAUUUCUGCCAAGUUGAACCCUCAGAACGCCCUCGCUUUUAGAUAUUUGGGCCAUUAUUAUAGUCGAGCAUCCGACGACAGCCACAGAGCUCUCAAGUGUUACCAGAGAGCCCUCGCCCUCUAUCCUGAUGACUCCGAUUCUGGGGAAGCAUUGUGUGAUUUGUUGGAUCAAGCAGGAAAAGAGAGCCUGGAAGUUGCCGUCUGCCGUGAAGCUUCAGAAAAAUCACCAAGGGCCUUUUGGGCUUUUCGAAGAUUGGGUUACCUUCAGGUUUAUCAAAAGAAAUGGUCUGAAGCAGUACCGAGUCUGCAGCAAGCCAUCCGAGGCUAUCCUAUUUGUGCUGAUUUGUGGGAAGCUUUGGGUCUUGCCUACCAGCGGUUAGGCAUGUUUACCGCGGCUAUGAAGUCAUAUGGACGUGCUAUUGAAUUGGAGGGGUCAAGAUUCUUUUCUCUGGUUGAAAGUGGAAAUAUUUUUUUGAUGCUUGGUUCCUUUAGAAAGGGAAUUGAGCAGUUUCAGAAAGCUUUACAGAUCUUCCCUCAAAAUAUAUCUUCACAGUAUGGCCUUGCUUCUGCACUGCUUGGUUUGUCAAAGGAAUGUGUGAAUUCAGGUGCAUUUCAUUGGGGAGCUUCAUUGUUAGAGGAGGCAUCUCAUGUUGCAAAAACGAGUGCCUGCUUGGCUGGAAAUUUUUCUUCUGUUUGGAAGUUGUAUGGAGAUAUCCAGCUUGCAUACGCAAGAUGCUUACCAUGGAUGGAGGGUGCCUGGGGUUUAGAAACUGAUGAUGAAGCUUUCGUAAGUUCCAUCCUUUCAUGGAAAGGGACCUGCCAUUCAGCUGCAGUUUCUGCAUGUAGUUCCUAUCAACGGGCUUUGCACUUGACGCCGUGGGAGGCGAAUAUCUAUACUGAUCUUGCUAUUGCUUCAGAUCUCGUUUGCUCUUUCAAUGAGUGUGUUAAAGAGGAUCCCGAUGCAUGGCAGCUACCUGAGAAGAUGUCCUUGGGGGGCUUGCUUCUUGAGGGUUACAACAAGGAGUUCUGGGUGGCAUUAGGAUGUUUAAGUGGUCAUAGUGCAUUGAGACAACAUGCUUUUAUACGAGGACUGCAGAUUGAUGUAUCUCUAGCUACUGCUUGGGCAUACCUUGGAAAGCUCUAUGGAGAACAGGGUGCGAAGCAAUUAGCUACACAAGCAUUUGAUCAUGCUAGAAGCAUAGAUCCUUCACUUGCAUUACCAUGGGCAGGAAUGUCGGCUGAUGUUUAUGUUAGGGGACUGACUCCAGAUGAAGCAUAUGAGAGCUGUUUGCGUGCAGUAGAGAUACUGCCACUUGCAGAAUUUCAAACUGGUCUUGUUAAGCUUGCUUUGCGUUCAGGUCACCUUUCAUGUCCACAGGUUUUUGGAGCCAUACAACAGGCUGUACAGCAGAUGCCCUACUCUCCUGAAUCACACAAUAUGAAUGGUCUGGUUUGUGAGGCACGCUUUAAUUAUCAGUCUGCUGCUCUCUCUUAUAGACUAGCACGUUCUGCAAUCAUCAACUUUGCCGGCAAUGUUCCAAAAUGUCAACUCAGUGAUGUAUCAAUUAAUUUGGCCAGAUCACUUUUUAGGUCGGGGAAUGCUCUUGAUGCUGUACAAGAGUGUGAAGACUUGGACAAAGAAGGUCUGCUUGAUUUGGAAGGUUUGCAGAUAUAUGCUCUUUCUUUAAUGCAACUUGGUAAAAAUGAGCUAGUUCUUUCUAUAUCAAAAAGGCUUGCUGCUAGUGCUCUGUCUACUAAACCACCAUUCAGGGAUGCCUCUGUCAGCUUAAUCUGUAGAUUACUCUACUACAUUUCGGGAUUGGAUUCAGCAGUUACUGGCAUCUUAGAAAUGCCCAAGGAGUUUUUUCAAAGUUCAAAAGUUAGUUUUGUAGUAUCUGCUAUUCAUGCUAUGGAUCAAUCUAAUCAGCUGGAUUCAGUGGUUUCUAGCAGUCGUAACUUUCUUAUAACUAAUGAAGAGAUCACCAGGAUGCACUUCUUGAUAGCACUGACUAAAGUUAUAAAAAAUGGAUCUAGUGAAUGCCUUGAGAUUCAAAGCGGAGUAAGACAUCUUCAGAAAGUCCUUCAUAAGUACCCUAACAGUGAUUUGAUAAGGAAUCUACUUGGUUAUCUCCAACUGUUUAGUAAAGAAUGGAAAGAUGCUCACAUUGCAAGUAGAUGUUGUACUAUAGGCCCUCCAGGGUGUCUACAGGAAGAGGGUUUAAAAUCUGCAUAUGAGAUCCUUGGUGCUGGUGCAGUUGCUUGUUAUACCAGAGAAAACUACAACAGAAAGUGGGCUUUCCCAAGCUGUGGAUGCCAGUGCCAAUAUGACACAAGAGCAAUCCAACAGGUGCAGAGGUUGUUACAUCAAGAACCAUGGAACCAUAAUGCCCGGUAUUUGCUUAUAAUUAAUUAUCUACAGAAGGCUCGUGAAGAGAGAUUUCCACGACAUCUAUGUGACGUGCUUGGGCGGCUACUAAAUGUGGCUCUUUCCAGUCAGUUAUAUUCAAAGAAAGACAAGACUUCUCAAUAUCAAAUGUUCCAGCUUCUGCUUUGUGCCUCUGAAAUGAGUUUGCAUUGUGGAGACCACAUUGGCUGUAUCAGCCAUGCGAAAAAUGCUUCAGGGAUUUUGCUUCCCAAUAGUUAUCUCUUUUUUGCACACUUGCAGUUGUGUCGUGGUUAUGCUGCUGGAGACAACUUUUCAAGUUUACGGGAAGAUUAUAUUAGAUGUGUGGAGCUCAAAACCGAUUAUCCUAUUGGUUGGCUGUGCCUCAAAUUUAUUGAAUCCCAAUAUGAGCUGCACACUGAAUCAAAUCUAUUGCAGUUGUGCCUUGAUAAUUGCUCAAAUGAGAUUAAGAAUUCAUUAAAUACGUGGGUGGCUGUAUUUAGUUUGCUACAGGGUAUGGGUGCUAUAUGGAACCAGGAUUUCCUUUCUGCAGAACAGUUACUUGGACAAGCCUGUUCUUUGGCUCAUGACGAGAGCUGCCUCUUUCUGUGUCAUGGUGCCAUCUGUAUGGAGCUUGCUAGACAGCUUUGGGAUUCACGGUUCCUGUCACUUGCUGCUAGGAGUCUUAAGAAAGCUAAAGAGUUAUCUAUCAUCUCCAUACCAAUUGUCUCAUUAUUACUGGGUCAAGCAGAAGCAAGCCUUGGCUCUAAAGCAAAAUGGGAGAAAAACCUGCGUCUUGAAUGGUUUUCAUGGCCACCAGAUAUGAGGCCUGCAGAACUCUUUUUUCAAAUGCAUUUGCUUUCAAGACAAUCAAAAGAUGAUUCUGAAUCUUCAUCCAGUGUAGAGUUGUCUCAAACCCCUCAGAGCUGGAUUCUUCGUGCAAUUCAUUUAAACCCUUCUUGUCUGAGAUAUUGGAAAGUUCUGCAUAAGUAUAUGGAGGAGUUCAACGCUUACCAAAGAAUAAGCCUAUAGGGUGGGGGUUUUUUCAAUAUAUAUUUCAACCAUCAUUUAUAUAUAGCAUCUGGGCUUCCGGUCGAAUGUUUUUAUUGCGCCUCGAGUCAAGGUUGCUGGUGUCAUCAUCCUACUGACCAAAAGAUGCUGCAGACUGACAUUAGGGUGACAAUGCUGCAUAAGAAUCUUCCUGACUUGUUUUCAAGAUGGUCAAGCAGUCUUCUAGCGAUUUAGGCGUGGAGGUGGAGGAAGUACCGCCAUGAAAUAUAUUGGUUGUAAAUCAAGGCAGGCCAAUCAUCCGAAAUAGUCAAUAGGAUAAUGUAUAUUUUGUCUGAUGUUGGAAUUUUUUGAGUUAUUUGUACCAGCUUUUUGUGAAUUUAUGAUUUUGAACUUUAAUUUUUUUUAUUUAAGAUAAAUUUAGGGCAUGUCAAUAAAAAUCUAAUUCUUUCUAAA